AUGUUGGGUAUUAGACAGUUUUCUACCACCUCUAGAGAACUAUUUUUUUUUCAAAAAUUCUUUCAACCAGUUAUUGAUGCCUCUAAACCGAAACCACACGUAGUUACACAACUCGUUAAACCUGUUGGUUUGAAUAGAUAUCCUACCAAAGAUACCAAAUACUCGAGAGGUAACUCUUUUAAAGAUUUAUUUGAUCAACAAAAGACUAAACAAAGAACAAACGAACUUACAUUGGAAAUGAGUAAAUCAGGGAUGUAUGAUUUGUUUACAUAUCGUAAGACCAAUGGGAAAUUAUUCCUUUCACCAAAAUCCUACUGGAGAAAGGAUAAGGCCCUAUAUUUCCCUCACAUGACGGGACAACCAUUGUCAAAAACAGCUAAAAGGGGUUCCAUCGAGGACAAUUUGAAGGGUAAAAUCAGUAUUGUAAGGAUAUUUGGUAACGAAACUGGUAAUCAAUUGAGUAAUGAGUUCAUUGAUGGUUUGGUUAAACAAGAUCCAAAUACUCUUGAUGAUACACAACUUGUUAAUAUAAAUUGGAUGGAAAACUCUGCAAAGACUAUGAUUGUUAAAUUAUCAAUGUGGAGUAUGAGAUCAAAGAUUCCUGAAAACUUACAAAAGAAUUAUUUCAUAUGUGACAGACAGCAAUUACCAUUUACCAUUAGAGAAGACUUAAUGAUUAAUAAUAUUUACACUGGUUACAUACUACUGGUAGAUUCUGACUUAAAGAUCCGUUGGAUUGCCAGUGGAGGUGCUACUGAUGAAGAAUUGCAAACACUAUCAAGAUCUUUGAACGGUGUAAGGAAUGAGACUGAAUCAAAAAUAAUCACUUAG